GCGUCGGUCCAUGCAUACUCCUCCGAUCCCAAGUUCAAGAAAUACGUGCAGCAAGUAGAGAAAUGCCUCAACUCGUUCGACAACGUGCAUGAAUGGGCAGAUUGUAUUGCUUUUCUGAAGCAAUUACUCAAGACAUUUCAAUCGUAUAUGCAAUUCAAGGAAAUACCGCGCAAGUUGAUCGUGGCGAAACGGCUAUCUCAGUGUCUCAACCCUGCAUUGCCGACGGGGGUUCAUCAGCGCGCGUUGGAGGUGUAUACCCAUAUCCUCGCCGUUCUUGGGCUCGACGGAUUGAACCGUGACCUACCGUUGUGGUCUUCUGGCCUGUUUCCCUUUUUUGAAUAUGCUGCUACCUCUGUGAAGCCUACCCUAUUGAACAUCUACGAUACAUAUUACCUCCCAUUGCAGGGGGAUUUACGACCUGUCAUGAAAUCAUUCAUUCUCGCGCUGCUACCUGGGCUUGAAGAGGAGACGGGUGAAUUCUUCGAAAAGGUUUUAAGCCUUUUGGAUCGACUUUCCGGGACCGUUUCCCUUUCGUUCUUUUUCCAGAACAUAUGGUUGGUCAUGCUUACCACGCCCUCUGGCCGAGGAACGUCUCUUAACCUUUUGGCCCGUCGUUUGCCUCGCUUUAAUGCCGAUGAAGACAUCACAUCUGUCGUGGGCAAGGACGUUGGUCUCAUGAUUCGAGCGUUCGCAGCAGCACUUGAAGAUGAGAACCUUCUUGUCCGUAGAGGAGCUCUGGAUAUUCUCCUUCAGAUUCUCAAAAUGGACAGCCUCGCGAUGCAGAAAGCUCACCCCGAUGAUCGCGCGAUCCUGAUGCGCGCUGCUACAGGGGUAGUGCUACGACGUGACCUGUCUCUUAAUCGGCGACUAUACACCUGGCUUCUGGGGCCGGACGAGAAGGCUGAGAACCAGGUGGCGUAUUUGAAGCAGAAUGCUUUGGACUUGUUGAGCUCUACAUUGAAGGUGAUUAUUUUCGUUAGCGAAAUGGAUUCACCGUCAGGGGAAUAUGCGGAAUCACGCCCGUUCAAGAUCUUCAUUUCUUUGCUUGAUAAAUGGGAGAUUGGGGCGCCAUUGACGUCAGUCAUCGUCUAUGGUUCUUUCACGGCCAUAAAGAAUCUUGUGGAAAGCCCGAGAGAUAGUGGUAACGAUCUGAUCAUGACAGCGAGUACUCUAUACGAAGCAGUGGAACCUCAGAUUAUUUGGAAGCAUCUGCUGACCGCCGUGGUGUCCGAACUCUUGAGUGAUGGCAGCUUAUUUGAGGCAAUCCAUUUGGUUCAGUUUAUUCUGAAGACAUUCACACACGAUGAGGAAAUACAAACACUUCACCUCCCAGUUAUUUUUGCUGCCAUCCUUGAUGUCGUGAAUGUAAAAAUUCUCAAGCACGUCCCUCAUACAGGCUUGAUGCAACGUCCUGAACUUGCUGGUGAUGCAGACGCAGCACGGUGGUCUCAAUCUCCAUAUCUAUUUGCAUGCACUUUCUACGAUGUGCAACCUAACCAAGGCAUUCCAAGCACAUCUGGUACAUUCACAGUCCCUUUUGCCACCACAUUUGAAAACCUCAUCUCGAUAAUCACGCAAUGCUCGAACUCCCUGAUGAAAUCUCAGGAUGACACCCUUGUGUUACGAGAGGUCCUUUCUCGAUCAUUGACGCUCGUCGAGCGACUUAUAGCCAGAUUAGCAACCCCAACCGAUGUCUCCUGGAACCCUUCCCAGUGGCUGAAAGAUCUUCUUCAAACCUUUGAACUCGAGUCGGCAAACUUUACAUCUGUGGAUCGCAUUAUCACGAUUUCCGUAGCUCUCCAUCGAAAUGAAUAUCUCUCCCCCAAGUUGACAAUUGAUGAACGGCCGACGAUAUACAAAAUGGUGAACAAACUUCUGAAAUAUCUCCGUCCGGAUUAUGGGGUCUACCAUCUGCGUGCAGUCAACUUGAUAUGGUCACUUGAAUCGUCAACGACACAUUCGCAUGUUGAAUCUAUUUUGGCGCAAUCGAUGACUUCGCCUGAAUCUCGUAACGUCUCAGAGGCAUAUGAAGCGUUCGGAGUUUUGUGGCGAUUGACUGAGGAUAAUCUUUUGCCUGGGUUCCGUUUGAAGGUUCCCUUGAUGAUCGUUUUGGGUACGCUCAAGAGUGAAGACCCCAGCCUUCGUCGAGUGGGUGAAACGUGGAUGCGGUGCAGCUUAAAGUCAUAUCUGCGUGUUCUCGAUCCAAUUCUUCAUGAUCUGCUGGAUCCGUCUAUCCUGCGGACACCUACCACAUAACUUCCGGGUUUCCUCUACGAACGACCUUUCGACCAACGCUUUACGCAUCAUCUGUUGGAGAUGCUUCUUGCUAUCGUUCGCUUUGGAGGACAAGGUUUCUCCAAAGCAGCGCGAUCGUCUGCUAUCAAGCGAUCACAUCAUGCAGGCUUAGUGCAGAGGGUUGAAUCUUUUGGCAUGGUUGACGGCGACGGGAGUUACAUGGACACCAUGGUGGAGAUCUUACUUCGAUUGAUUCAAUCUGAGCCCAAGCCACAGUGGUCCAGUGCAAUGCAACCGCUUAACGCAGUAAUUCAGUCUGCUGCCGUCGAACUCCUGCAACUCAUUGUGGCUCGCGGGGAUGUGGAUAAUAUCUCGACGGAAUCCAUCGAGGCAAUUGUCGUUGGGAAACUUUACUUCUCCAUCCACAUGGUUCGGCUUGAUCUACAGAACAAACUCCUACACCUUCUGCACUCCCUCAUUUCUGCCUUGACAGCCAACUUGGAAACUGCCCAGCGGAAUGCAGUCAGUAAGCGACCGGAAGAAAGCCAGCCAGAUAGUGCUACUGCUCAGGAGAAGGCACCGGAUACUAGCAUACGAUAUCCUGUGAACCCGUUGUUGAUCCAAGCCUUGAUAGACGGAAUUUCAACACGCUCGAAUCGGCCAGUGUUACAGCACUGGUUGGAUUUUAUUCUCACCGCUAUACCUCAGUUCCAACCAGCCUUGCAAGCCCUUGUUGCUCCUCUCAAUGACUGCCUAUGCCGUCAACUCCUUUCCUCUCUUUCAGAAGUGCUCAAGGCCUCGUCGCAGUCGCGGGAUUACGCGGACGACAUUUCAACCAGCGUCACAGAAGCAGAAAUGGUCAUGUUCCUCAACGGUUUGGAGAGACUGAUCUUGCUGAGCCUUGCAUAUACUUCCGAACCGGACACUUCCGAAGACGAGACAAGCGCGUUGGAAAAGCCAUCUGGAGAAACGAGCGGUUUGCUAGGCUAUGUUUCGGGCGUUUUUAGCUCAGACAGCGCACAAUCGGUUCCGUCAGAGCAACUCACCGCUCGUUCUCCGGGAUACCGGUCUCUGGAUGAAGGGAUCCGAGUGCUCUAUUCAGUCUGGGCCGCACUCAUCUGGAAGGCGCCUGAAGUUUGGUCACCCAAGGAUGAAUCAGUAUCCCUCAUAUAUAAUCGGACAAGGAUACGAUGUCGCCGAGUUCUUGAACACCUCUUUCGUGUACAAUCUGCGGAGGUUUUCGAGUCGAUUGUCGAUUGGUGGAGCAAAGACAAUUCUCAGCUUGCUGCUGCUUCACCUGAUGCAGCAUUUGAACUGGUUGAUGUACUAGUUGCUACCGCUCAGAAUGCCGUUCAUAUGAUAUGCGAAAGCAUAUCCUGUCGUCUUUCUGGUGCUUCAGAGAAAUCUCUCAGGACUGAUGCUGUGUUGUUCAGGUUUUUGGAGCAAUAUUUACGGCGACUAGAGGGACCUCUUGCGCUCCAGGUAUGGGGCCGUUACCUGCAGCUUGUCAAAGAUCUUGUUGGUAGCACGCGGGAAUUCAAGGCUCCAAACUUUCCAGCCCUGAGAUGUCUUGGUGUUCUAGCUGAGAAGGUCACACAGACAACUGCGGUAGAUGACAAGCGGAUUCGCAAAGAGCUUCAGGAUAACUAUGCCAGACUGCUGGACUCUUGUGUUAUCUAUGUUGGUCGUUCGUCAGACCAAGGCUCGUGGAUAAGACGCGGCACAAAGGAAGCGGUUGCAACAAAUGGGCGAGAAUCGCCCGCUCCUAAAACAGGUAAGAUAGCGCAAAUCUCUCUACAGAACAACCUCUUAGCUUCGGCCCUACCGAACCUGCGUAGGUUCCUGAUAGAAAACGACAAAAUCAUCACCACCUGCAAUAACAUCAUUUACUACAUCGUCAACCCUGCCAUGAGAGGGAAAACAAGACCGAUGGACCUCGAUAGCACCGUAAUUUCAAUACUGCAAGAGAUGACUCGCAUACCGGCAGCCCUGAAAUCAUGGCGAGCUCCCGUCGCUGACCUUUUGAGCGACAACCGACUCUUCAACUGUGAUCCGGAAUCCGCGAGUAGAUGGAGACUUAUCGUCAAGGUCCUAUACGACUCUGAUAAGACUGCGUUCCCUGAACUUCUUAGCAAGGUAGCCAACGCUCCCUCUGCCAACAUAUUCACGAAUCGGGAAUACGAGAUGCUGCUACGGUCCCUGAAUAUUCGGCGUUUAUCAUACGUGCUAUUCGCGGGAGAAAAGAACCACUUCCUCACUCAGCUGCCAACAAUACAAGAAAAACUGGUUGAUACUCUCCGCACCGUUUCUUCGCCUAUCGUGCAGAGCGAAAUGUUCCUGUGCAUUCGGGUUCUGCUUUGUCGGCUAUCACCACACAACUUGACAAGUUUCUGGCCUGUCAUCUUGACAGAGAUGUACCGUAUAUUUGGGCAAGUCAUUGUCUCUCUGCCGGCCGACGGUUCAGAGGACUUGCAAUUGGUUCUUGCUGCAAGCAAGUGUCUUGACCUAUUGCUUGUACUUCAAACGGAAGAAUUCCAAAUACAUCAAUGGAUAUUCAUCACUGACACGGUUGAUGCCAUUUAUCGUCCUGAUAACUGGUUCCCCGAAGCCAUGAUGGACCGGCUAGCAGAGAUUGCCGGAAAUCUUCCUGUUGCGAACUCGCAAACUACGAUCGCUACACCAGAACCUUUAUCUACGUUUGCCGAUCAGAGGCCGAUGCGAAGACCCCUGUUGAACUCCAUACGACAGAUAGAGAGCAUGCGCGAUCUGGUGCCCUUCUUCUCGCAUGUGAGUAUAUCAUCCUAUGAGAGUGUGUACGCAAGUGGUGGCAAUAUCGAUUGGGAAGCGGUGGAGAAGGGGAUCAUGGAUGACAUGUUUGACGGAAGAUAG